CACCCAUAAGAUUGAGACUGAGGGCAAGCCUGUAACUAAUCAGAAGAAUUCUGGAAGAUGCUGGUUGUUUGCCAUCCUAAACGUCAUGAGAACUAGCUUCAUGAAGCAGCAUAAUCUAGACGAGUUUGAGUUUAGCCAAGCUUACCUAUUUUUCUGGGAUAAGGUAGAACGUUGCAAUUACUUCCUGCAUAAUAUCGUAAAUACUGCGAAACGUAGCGAACCGGUCGAGGGCCGUUUAGUCAACUUCCUGUUAACCGAUCCUACCUGCGAUGGUGGCCAAUGGGACAUGAUUGUGAAUCUGAUAACCAGACACGGUGUCGUGCCGAAAACAUGUUUCCCAGAAUCGUACAGUUGCGAGUCCAGCGUUCGCAUGAAUAGUUUGCUAAAGAGCAAGCUGAGAGAAUAUGCCAAGGCUUUGCGAGACAUGAUCGACAAUGGUGCGUCUGAUGACGAGCUGAAGACACGAAUAAACGAACAGAUGACUGUGAUAUAUCGGAUAAUCGGCAUCUGUUUGGGUGUACCUUCUGAGAAAAUUACAUGGGAAUAUUAUGACAAGUCAAAGAAUUACAACUGCGUGGGCCCAAUCACUCCACUAGAGUUUUACGAGAAUUGUGUGAAACCGUAUUACAAUGUGAACGAUAAAGUAUGCCUGGUAACCGAUCCACGACCGGGUAAUCCUUAUGGGAAGCUCUAUACCGUAGAUUGCCUAGGAAAUGUCGUGAGUGGGAAAACUACUCGCUACAAUAAUCAGCCAGUGGAAUUAUUGAUGAAAUUAUGUGCCGAGAGUAUCAAAGAUAAUGAACCUGUUUGGUUCGGUUGUGAUGUUAACAAAAGAUUAAUAGAUAAACAUGGUAUUCAUGAUAUAAACACUUACAACUUCGAACUAAUGUUCGGCACCGACAUUCACCUCGGGCUUUCUAAGGCCGACAGAUUGCUCUAUGGAGAUUCUAUGAUGGUACACGCAAUGGCAUUUACAGCUGUUUCAAUAGAUCGAGAGGGUAAAAUAAAGAAGUUCCGAAUAGAGAAUUCAUGGGGCGAAGAUCACGGACAAAAGGGUUACCAGGUUGUGACAACCGAUUGGUUUGCUAAUUUUGUUUUUGAGGCGGUCGUAGAUAAAAAGUACGUACCUGCAGACGUGAUGGCUGUAUUCAAUCAGGAGCCCAUCGUUUUACCCGCCUGGGAUCCUAUGGGCACGCUCGCUCAUUGAUGUUAAAGUGAUUUAACUAAAUGCAAUGGCAAGCCGUUUUAUUUUACAAAUGAAAGAUUUCAACCAUAACAGAAAACAAAGUAUUUAAUAAAAAUUCCGGGGGCAGUGAUUGUACAAAUAUUUUAUACCUUAUACAAGAGAAUGCAGCAGUAUUGAUAAAUGGCUUUGUCAUUACGAUAUGAAUUGUAAUUUCAUAUU